AUGGGAGGAGAAUCGGAGUCAUUCGUCGGAGGAUAUUGGAGUGGAUUUAAGGGUUUCUGGGGAGAGAAGCUCUCGUUCUUCGAAAACUACACGAGGUUCACCAAACGCGACGCGCCUCUUCCGUCUUGGUCUUCCUCCGACGUCGACGAGUUCAUAGCCUCCGAUCCCGUUCAUGGACCCACCCUGAAAACUGCAAGAGAAGCUGCAACUUUUGGUGUCACCGGAGCUGCGCUUGGAGCUGUAUCUACUGCUGCUUUUGCCUGGAAAUACUCUAAGAGUCCACAUGGUGCUGCAUUGUCCUUGUUAGGAGGAGGUGUUUUUGGUUGGACCUUUGGGCAAGAAGUCGCCAACCACACGCUGCAGCUCUAUAAGCUGGACACUAUGGCUGCUCAAGUUAAGUUCAUGGAAUGGUGGGAACGUAAGUCUCAGUGA